CAAUGGCCCUCUGUCUUUCUCCUCCAAAGUGUGUUAUAUAAAGUAUCGAGACCCCUCCAGUGUUGGAGUGGCCCAACACCUCACCAACACUGUGUUUGUUGACAGAGCUCUGAUAGUGGUGCCAUGUGCAGAAGAUGACUAGACUGGCCCCGGCUGUUACACUACACUAGCCUGAGUCAGGCAUUGUUUUCCAAGCCACUAUCCCCGAUCGGGCCAACGCAGCCUUCACGGGGGGAAUGUGACCAGGAGAAUAGCCCGCUGAACCUUCCAAGAUGGACACCUUGUCUCUUUUUUUUAUUUCUUUUUCUUUUUGGUUUGUUUCCUUUCAUACUCUCCCAUGUUGUCCACUUCUCUCCUUGUCUCUACCCAGAAAACUUACAGUAUUGCUUAUCUCUUAUAGCGUUGUGUUUAUAUUUGUUAUUUUGGUUUGUUGUUUUUGAUUAUUGUCCAACCCCCCACCCCCCUCUCUCUCUUUCCGCUACAGCUGCAGCUUGUGUGUGAUUGAAUUCUGUCCAGGUUGCUACAGGCAUACCGCUGGUGGGAUGUGUAUCACACAUGGGAAUUCUAGGAGGAUCACUAACACUUUACUCUCUUGUCACCUACUCUCCGGUUGACAUAGUGAGGGGGGCUAGACGCUCUGAAAGUGAGACCCAUGACGCAGCCAAUGGGGUUGUCUUGUGUUGCACACCUUUCCAACACUGCGAAAACGAUCGCGCCCUCCUCCCCCCUCCAUCCCCAACCGAAAAGCGCCCAUGCUUGAUAUCGUAUGGUUCAUGACCAAUAUGUUCCCAGUACAGGGAAGAUACCGGAGGAGGCCAAGGCCUUGUCUCUUUUGGCGCCCGUCGCCCCGGUGCCCAGUCUGAUUCCUGGUGGGGGCCUGCUUCCGAUUCCUACCCCCGCCCCGCUGCAGAAUCUGAACCUUCCUGUAGUGAAUCGGCUCUCGGCUGUCCUGGAACCCGCAGCGUCAUCCCUCGCCCAGCCCCCGCUCAUGGGGAACGUGGACCCCUCGAAGGUCGACGAGAUCAGGAGGACGGUGUAUGUCGGCAACUUGAACUCGCAGACGACCACGGCGGAGCAGCUGUUGGAGUUCUUCAAGCAAGUGGGAGACGUUAAGUUUGUGCGCAUGGCCGGAGACGAGACUCAGCCGACGCGCUUCGCCUUCGUGGAGUUUGUGGAUCAGGAGUCUGUGACCCGGGCGCUGACCUUCAACGGGGUCAUGUUCGGAGACCGGCCCCUGAAGGUGAAUCAUUCCAACAACGCCAUCGUGAAACCUCCUGAGCUGACGCCGCAGGCCGCCGCCAAGGAGCUGGAGAGUGUGAUGAAGCGGGUGAGGGAAGCCCAGUCCACCAUCGCUGCUGCCAUCGAUCCGGCCGAUUUAGAGAAGCGCUCAUCCAGUCGAUCCAAACGUCCACGCCGCUCCCGCUCGCGCUCCCGUUCACACUCCAGAACGCACAGGAAAAGAUCCCGAUCGAAACACAGACCGCCGCAGAAGGCGUGGCCGAGGAACGACUCCCACAGUUCCAGAGGCGGCCACAAGAGGCGCUCGCGGUCCAAAGACAGGAGACACAGUCGCAGUCGCUCGAGGGGCCACAAGAGGAGGAGCAAAGAUCGCUCCAGGAGCCCCCGGAGGAAAGUCAGAUCCCCCUCACCGAAAAGAGGGAAGAAAGAGAAGAGGAGGGAGCGCAGCAGGGACAGGAAGGAACGCUCCACGUCCAGGAAGAGGAGCCGCAAAGACGAGGACAAGAUGAAGAGCAAAACCCGAGCAGCGAAGCUGGACAGAGACUACGACCGAGAGGAGAAAGACGACUUUGACAGCGACAGAGAGGACUCGGUCGGCCUCGGCGAGGACACGACGUCGUCACCUUGCCACAAGCACAACGGCAGCUACAAGACUCGCCACGAGGAGCACGCGUAGACAGGCGAGUGACUUUUACUUAGCAGAACCCCGUGGAAACUGAUCCAAUCAAGACGAUCACGACCCGCUCCGUCAGGUGGAUGAACACAUGAACACGGGGAGUUUUCCCAGCGUCAUCGUCAUCGUCAUCUUCUUCGGCUCCAGUUGUGCGUCCUGAUUUUUUUACAGCAACACGAGCAACACUCAUUUUUGAUACCCCACCUAAAGGCCCGGUGAGCACUCGGUACAGCACAGAUAAACUCCGCCUCCAGUUCAGCUGAAGAUUUCUGAGUUAACAUGUGAAACAGCGAGCUCAGAAAGAAGCAGAAAACACGACUCGAUCACGGUUACUUUACAACAAAAACACAGAUUUCCUUUCAACACCGUCGUAUUGGAUAACCUCAUUUUUAAAAAGCUGAUAUUGUGUCCUCCUUUUAGUAUCUAUUCUCUCUCUUUAGAUACAAACGCUUUACUCAAAACACUCCAGAACACAUCAGAGUGACCUCGCUCUGCAGCAGUUUGAAACAAGAUUUCAGUUUAGCUUUGUGUGUGAGCGCAUUUAUUUAUUCCAAAUCCCUCCAGAGGAAGCCGGGAAAACACUCCAAGUCUAACAAUCCAGUUUUUUCUCAUGCAAUGAUUUAAAGUUUUCAAGUUGUACUUCAAUAUUUCCGACACUUGCACAAAUUAAAAGUUAGUCUAUAUAUCGCUAAUAACAAUAUUUAUGUUAUUAAACGUGGAAUCUUUACACAAUGUCUGUCUAAUCUAUUAAAGUAAGACAUUUUAAAACGUCACAACACAAAAAGUAACGCAGUAUAAAACAUUUUCUCAUCUUGAGCUGUCGUUCCUGAGUUGCAUUCAACAGAUACUUCUUGAAAAGUAACGAUUGAAGCGUAAUCAGGCCAUUCUCAUGAUUUUGUAUUAAAGGAAGAAUGUGUGACUUUUUGAUCCAGUAGGUGUCGCCCUUGAGCUCCAGAAUUAAACCAAAACAAACUGCUGUUAGGCCACGCCUCCUCCAUACUGAAGCCUCCGCUCUCCUCCAGAGACACACCUCCAACCCCUCCUCCACUCACGCUCACACAAAGGAGUUUAGCGCAAGUGGCGAUACAAUUGGCUUGAGCUGCAGCUCCAAGUGGUCUGCUUUGUUGUGUUAGCAUGCUAAUAUUAGCGCUCUUUAGUUAGCUCGUAGCUAAUGAUCUAAAAACUCUUACUAACAUCCAAAUAAUCAGUGAGUAUGUUCUUCUUCUUCUCUCUAGUUCUUGACUAAAACAGCUUUUAUACACAAGGGGAGGAGCCGGCCGUCCCGUCCAUGUAAACACGGCUCUGACAACAACACAGCCAGCGGGACUCGAGCUUCUCCCUCAUUGUAGACAGUCAUGACUCAGAGACACAUUUACACAGGACAGACUUUAUGAUUCAUUUAUGUCGCACGUUCUUCCUUUAAGCAUCUCCUGCUCAUCCCCUCCAAUCAGUGAAGAAGAUCGUUUUAUUCUCAACUCCUUAUAAGAUAAAGAUAAACAUGCCUCUCGUAAGGUGUAAAGAACCGCCUUUCCUUUUUAUUCUGCUGCUGAUGCAUUGGUGUUGCUGCAGCUACUUCCCAUAUUCUGCUGCCCCCCCCCCCCAUCAGUUUUAAAACACACAUGUUAUCUGCUGAUGCCAAAAUGCUCACAUGACCUUUCUGUGGGAGUAGAGGAUGAUUUACCCGGUCAGUGAAGUGACCUUUUUUCUUUUGUGCCAUUGUUCCUGAAGUCGAGUGGAAGCUGGAGCGCUCUUCAUGUCAUGACUUCUUGUGCUGUAAUUAAGAGACUGCAGAAUCUUGUUCUACUGUUUUGUUUUUCUGAACCUGUUGCUAAAACAUUUUUAGAGAAGACACAUCUCGCGUGUGGUCGACGCUUGAACCUGGUUUUACUUCCUGUUUUUUUUUGUGUGUGUUGAGGUUGUACAUUUACUUGACAUUUAAGAGCAUCAUGUUUUUCCUUCAUGUUUUUUGUCGUAAUGCUGUGAGAUAAAAUAUAUAUAUUAACUGUGUUAUGAAACAAUGCAGGCCUGAACUGCAGGGCCCGACCGAUAUGGGACUUUGACGGACAGAUACCGAUAUUAGGCAUUUAUAAAAAAUGUCAGGUACUGAUAAAUCGACCGAUAUCUUUCUUCUAUACAAACUUUACUUUCAUCCUCUCCUGGUUGGACUAAUGCAACUCCCUCUCAGGCAUAACCCCGCCCUCGACAUCACGUCUACAGUCGGUACUAAAUGCAGCAGCUAGGUUGUUGCUAGGCUCCGUCAUAAUACCCACAUCGCUCUGAUUCUUAUCUUCCUUCCAGCUCGGUUCAGAAUCAAUUUCAAAAUGAUUUUAAUACAGCCCGACCGAUAUCAAAUUUUUACGGGGCGAUUUCCCAGAUCUAUCGUCGCCCUGUAGAGGUAGAUUGAAGUAUACACAUUUAUUGCGUUGUUCCCUCAAAUGCAGUUAUCAAACACUUGUGGAAAAGAUUUAUAAUGAAGACAAGAUGGCCGCUCAACUGGAAAGUAAGGGUGAUAAUACUUGUUGUAAUCCGUAUAGCGCCCUCUGCUGGUGAAUGAGCUGCUACUGUAAUACAAUGAAAAUCAAAUAAGAUGCUUUUUGACUGGUGAAUAAAUCAGCGCGUAUCAGAGAUAAAAAUAAGUCGAUAUCACAGAUAGUCACUUGAUAUGCUAAUAUCGGCCGACGUUAUCGGCUGGCAGAUAAAUCGGUCGGGCUCUACGAUGCUGUAAAUGGCGGUUGUGUGCAAAAAAUGUCUGACGGCUCACAAAGAAAGAGAGAUGUAAACGGAGCUCUGGUCGCAGUCUGGACGAGGCUCAGCAGAAUUUAAAAAGGUCAAAUAACCGCAUGGAAGCCCAGAAGGGUCAAAAAGUGCCUAGACUAAGAUUGUACAGAAUAUUCUAAUAAAACACGGAGACUUAUUUACAGAUGCAACCUGGGAUUUAUUGUCGAUAAUGUUUAAUAUUUGAGAUGUUAUAUAUCAAAGUAUCGUACAGGCUGUCUUGAGUGAGUGAUAGAAUAAAAUGAAACUUGUUGGGA